CUCAGGGGAAAUUCAUGGAAAUACCUCUUUGUAAAUAUUUGCCACAUCAUGACAGACUGUGACGGGCCUUCAAGAGCUCAGUUUUAAAGCAUUAAGUUUUAAUGUCUGCAAAAAUACACCUUAGCUGGCGCUCAUUGUUCUAUCCUUACUUACGCGUGAAGGGAAAGUACAUCUCAUCACUUUCUCUCCUGAGGAAAAGUUAGUGAAGGGCAGCAGAGCAGUAGAGAGGUGUGUCUACACAGCUCUCAUGACAGGUACACGUGGGGAGGGGCUGGCUUACCUGAGCAGAGAGUCAGUGCACACUGAACAGUACACCUGUUGCACUUCCCAGGCUCUCUCUCUCUCUCUCUCUCUCUCUCUGCUUCUCUUUCCCUCUUCCUGUCCCUCUCUCUUCCCCUUCUCUAGCCUGAAAGCACCUGAAAGCUGACGGUCUCACCAUGAACCCAAACGAGGCCUGUGGGAGUGAGAAGGACAAGGAAAAAGAAAAGGAGAAAGUGAUAAAGAGGAGGAACCGGCCUGUGUUUCUGAGGUACCUGGAGAGGAGGAGGACAGACACGAUUGUAGACGAAGACAUGGCCAGAGGUGACAUCAACCUGGGGACGCUGGUGAGGAGGAGUCAGUCAGACAAAACGGAGUACAGCGCUAAACUUAAAGGUACACCUGACAGAUAAUGACCUCCCCUGGGGUUAAAACUAUGGCAACAAUUCUACACACAUGAGCCAACAGCAGACUGAAAACUCUUUCAACUUUUUUAUGGCUAACUUGUUAGUGACACAAUUUCUAGUUGAAAAUGAAUUUGUCCAAUAGAGAUGAACAGCAAGGGCAGCAUCUAGAGCUAGGGGGCAAACAUUGCACACUCACUCACAUACACAUACACACACACAUACAUAUAUAGAGAGCGCACACAGCUCCAUAGCUCUCAGUACCGGGCACCUGUUGUGUUACUAUGUGUUGAGCAGGAGAUAUUCCCACAGGGAUGAAGCCACAUAUGCAAACUGCGCUCCAAACUCAGGCACAGAGGAGUGGCUUUACAGUGUUGUAAACAAGAACUAACCAUCAUGGAAAAGUCAAUUAUAACUCAAAGAUUAUAGGAAAAAGAAAAUACCAGCCACUUGUAUUUUCUCUGUGUGUUUUAUGUUGAAUCAAACUUUCAUAAUUAGGCCAGUUUGAUGUGUUUGACCUAGAAAGAAAGAACUAGACGGAAGGUGUGCAUUGUUUUAACAAAACAAUCCUUUAACCCAGCUUUAUGUUGCCUCAUCAAUACCACUGACUUUGUCUUUUCAAACACACAUGUCCAUUAUACAGAAAACGGGCCUCACCAGUCCUAAAGAGUGCUGUCAGUGACUGGGAAUGCUGCACUUCAGGCAAAAUGACUUACAUCACUGUGUCAGCAGGGGAAACACUUUAAGAUUAGAGCCGGUAUGAAGACGCUCCGGUGCCACUUGUUUUGGUUUGUUGUGAAUGCGGCACAUGACCUGGCAAAAGUGAUGAUUGGCAUCUUGUAUAAACCAGGAAAGUUAAGCCUACUUCCAUCUUGAUGUUGAGCUAAGAUGGCUUUCACACACAUAAACAUAAAUGCACAUAUACACACACUUGCCAUGUCAGCAGUCGCUCUGUUUACCUGAGACAGAGACACUUUCCACACCUUGCUGCUUUCUGUUUUCUUGUCCAGCCUGCAUCAUGGUAGACAGGGUUGUCAAAAAAACACUGCUGUGUUUUCAGUAAACCUAUCCCCCGCCCUGUUUGACUUCAGCCUCACACCUGACUCGCGGUAUUACAUAUUUACAGUGGUAUUACCAUUGCAAAUAUUUACAGAAACGAUGACUUCACUGAAAGAGGAAACAUGUGAGCUCGACCAUCAUCUGCUCGUCAGACAGGUUGGUCAGGCCACAGAGCCACGGCAACGUGACAUCAAUUCAAGAGUAAUUAUUUACAGUGGAUACAUAAAAUAGUUCUGGCAAUGAUUGACCAAGACUAAACUCACAUCAAGGGCAGUAGGGAAGAAAAUAUAACAGUGUUUUCAUCCAUGAAUCAUUUAUGGGACAGAACUUUGAUGUGGGUUCAUGUUGUUUAAAGACUGAGUCCUUUACUUUCAGUGAGAUUAAUUUUGGACAGAAAUCUUUUUCAACAGCUUUUAAACUUAAAACAAUAAAAAGUUUGGAUCUUCUUAAAGGGGAAGAUAUUCCUAUGCCUUUUAUUUUAAUUGUCAGGCCGUUUCGCACUAUUCUCAGUACUAAAACCCCCUUGUGCACUUUGCUGUGUGGCAAAGACAAAUGCGUUACAUGAUACACUGUGCCUGGUUUUCAGUCACAGGUCUUCUGUUGGAUCACUUUCAGUGAGCUGCACAAUGAAAAGCCCUGUAUCACUUUCAUGGGAACUUCUGUGCUGGCAACCAUACCUCACUGAAUACAAUGCUGGCAUAUAUUAGACAGUGCAUUUCGAAACCUGCUGCACAAUCUUGACAGGCCAAAGUAGCUUAUUUAACUGUAAAUGUGUCCAUGUUAGGAAAUCUAUUAAAGUCUGUUUUGAAAGGGACACAUUUAGAACAAAAUUAUACUCCCUUUUUUACAGGCAUAUUUCCAUCAUUUAUCUGUUUACCAAGCUUUACAUUAAAAAGAAAGUAAAAGGUGACUUUGAAUGACCUCACCUGGUCUCCCACUGAGGUUAUUUUUUUCAGUGGUGAUUCUUGCAGGUCCCUCUGAAAGACCUUGAAGAAACUAUUAAAACAUGAACAUAAUACUUCUUUAAGAAACAAUUUUUGAUGCACCUAUUAUGAAAAAUAUAUUUUACAGCUUUAUUUGAUUAAUUCAACAGAAAAUCAUAUAAAUUUUCCUUCAGUAUCACCAGGCAAAGACAAGUUAAUGAAAAACUGCUGAUGGAAGAGGCUUGUGACUACUAAGUCCAGCGUCAUGUGAUUAUGAAAUAAGGAAAUGACAUUAUCUAAGAAUUACUUAAAACCAACACAGUUGAGCUCAAGAGAAAGUAACUUUUCUAUAAAUUCUGCUUUGAAAGUCUUUUUUCUGAACUCUUCGAAAAACAACAAAAUUUGACAAAAGUGCAAAAAGAAAAACAGGUACAACAAGGAAACAACAAUCCAUGAGACGAAAAAACAACAAUUUAAAGGAAGUAACAGGACAAAAUAAUCAAAGUGGGAGUGGAGCCGACUAAGACAGCUUUACUGUGACGGAUCACUCAUGACAAAUCUCAAACCAGACAAAAAAAAGAAGACACAAAAACAUGGGCAACUUUACAAUUACUCAUUCCACCCAAGCACAGCAGUUCUUCAAAUUGAGGCUCUCUGUAUGGGGCUCAUAAUGCUGUGUAGUUUGUGGGCUUAUCAAAGGUACUUUUUGCCUCUGCAGGUGGUCAUUGAAUUCUUGCAUUUAAGUGGAAAAAGACAGGUACACACAGAAGCAAUACUGCAAACUGAGUUUAAUCAGACCCGUGUCAGAGUCAGUCUGAGUGAAUACAAUGGGCCCAAUUCUGGCAUUGAUGAGACAGUAACAUACACAGGCUGGAAAUUUACGGCUCAGGUUUAGAAGAAGGCAGCUGACAGGGAGACAGUGGACCUCUCUCACUUUCUUAUCUGCUCCUGAAGUUGCAUUGAUAAUUGAGAUCUUUUCAAACCCUCACAUUGAAGGGAACACGUUUAAUCUAUCAGCUUUCAUAAAAGAUGUGUUUGUACUUCUCUUCAUCAUGAUCGCUACCUGCACAGCUUCAACUAAGUGUGCUGUAAAGAGUGCUCUGUUAAUAUUCUGUAGGCUUGGACUAAAUUGAACUUAGCGAGUGUGUUUGCAUACUGUUUGUGUGUUCAUGUGUGUGUGUGUGGAAUAACAGGCAGGGGCACGUGAGGUGAUUUAGUCUGUAUGUGCAUGCAUAAAUGUGUGUGCGUGUAUUCCCGUGUGAACCUGUGUGGUUGACAGUGAUGUGGUAUGGGUGUAUAUCUAUCAUUGCAUUUCAGCCCCCCUCAAUCCACAGCACACACACACACACACACACACACACACACACACACACACACACACACACACACACACACACACACACACACAGAGCCGCACGCUCCCAGUCUGAGCAGAUGGAAUGCCUGAGCACGCUGAAGCAUUACAUCAGCGGCACGAUUAGUUCCGUAACCUGACACGGGCCUCGCAGCUCUCUGUCUACCUCUCCCCUCCCACCCCUCCUUCUUCCAGAGUAGGAAGUGGUGUGUAGCGUCGAUUAGGCAGCAAGGAAGCAUCCCUCUUCCCUGAGCAGACACUCCUGCCUGCCAUGCAAAGCACAGAGCAGCGGCAGACUGAUUAGGCAGCGGAGCAAUAAAAAAAAGAGAAGAGCGAGGAAAAAGAAGGGCCUGACUGGCAUGUUAAGUGAGGCUUUUUGGCACUCCAGUCAAAAUAAUUAGAUCAGCAUGAAAUACGGUGAUCUAAAUGACUGCCUGGGCAUCAAGUGGAUAUGUUAGGGAAGAUGUCGGCGAAAGCCCACAAGGCUUGGAUGUUUACCUACCUUUCAGCAGCUGCACAUGUGCCACAGAUGGCUCAAAAUGCUGGCAGGAACUACAGAGUUAAAGCAAAUGUUGGUGCUCCCAAUUAUCAGCCGUUUAUGGCGUCCUUGUGUCACCUCCAUGAUUCACAAAACAUUUCACUCGUAGCUGUGAUUGCCACACUGAACCAAAGUCUGGCCAGUGACCUGAAAAAUCUCUCCUGAGUUUGUCGUUAAAGUAUUUUUCUGAUGUUCCUCAGAGAAAAUGACAGCACAUGACCUGUCCACCCCGCCCUCACCAGCUCUGGACCCAGAGGAGGUGCGUUCGAGGAAGAUGAACCGCAGGGCAAAGGUCAUUCAUGAGCUCGUGCAGACAGAAAAGGACUACCUCCUCGACCUGGAGCUGUGUAUCAGGGAGGUGGUCCAGCCUUUAAGAAACGUACCGGUAAAUCAUCUUCAUGAUCUACUUCACACUCUGGCUGGCCAGAUAUGGUGUUAAUCUACUAAUGUCCUAAUUUCUAAAUGUUACCACAGCAAAGGGAACCAGUAAUUGAAUAAGAAUGAAUUCAAUAUCCAAUGUUGAUACUGACAUAGCUAUGGUAGAUAGUACCACAGCUAGUACGUUUAGUUUGGUAAAUCUUGAUAAAAUCACCCAGAUCCCCAAAAAAUACCCAGGCAUCAUAAUAACUUAUUUUUCCAGGGAUCAAAUUUUAUAGAUUUUUUCCCCCAUGGAUACUCUAGACUUGCUGUUGAUAUAGUUAUUUCUUGAUGUGCAUUCAAAUCAUGUCCUUUUCUUUUGCCAGUCUGUGGAUGUAGAUCGGUUGUUCACAAACAUGGAGACAGUGUGUGAGGUGUCUGCAGCGCUCCUCCACAGACUGCAUGAGGCCAUGGCUGACCCUGAUCCAGAAGCAGUUGUUAUAGGUAAUACAAUUUUAGCUCUAGUGAGAUUUGAGAAUUUGUUGACUUUUAUAACUUUAGUUGAUAUAUGACCAAAAAUUUCACUGCCCUUUUUUAUUUACAGGAGAUGUAUUUAUUCAGGCGAAGGCAGCUUUAGAGGAUGUUUAUAAGAUUUAUUGUUACCACCAUGACGAUGCAAACACGUCUCUCAAAUCCUAUGAGAAAGAGGAAGAGAUAAAGCAACAUUUCACCACCUGUGUAUUAGCUCUAAAGUAAGUCCAGUUACUUCCUGUAAAUUGUAUUAAAAUUAUUAACAGCAUAAAAUGUUUCCUCCUCAUGACUGCGAUCUAACUCUUUUUGUUCCUACAAUUACAGGAAAAUCUACGAUCAAGAGUGAGUAACCCUUUUAACAACAAAUUUAAUCUAAAAGAAUAUAUAGAAGUUAACUCUCACAAAUACACUCUUAUUAGUUUUCAGCCUUCAUCUAUUGAAUACGUAAUGGACAUAGCUGCGAAUGUUUACCACUGUUUGAUUAUUUAUUUACACAGAGGGAAACCAAACUUGCUGGACAUGGGUUCACUGAUCAUCAAACCAGUCCAGAGGAUCAUGAAGUACCCGCUCCUCCUCAGGGAGCUGUGGCAGGCUACACCUGAAAACCACCCUGACCAUCAACCACUGCAAGAGGCGUUCACUACUGCUAAGAUCAUCAACGUAAACAUCAACGAGUUCAAGAGGCGCAAAGAUAUAGGUGAGGUUUUAUUUCAGUAUCAGACCCAGAAUCAGCUUUAUGGGCCAAGUAUGUGUACACAUGCAAGGAAUUUGACUCCUGUAAAGUUUGCCCUCUAUGGACAAACAUUAAACAUGUUACAAAAAUCUAAAAGUAUGUACAAGCUCGAGACAACAAACAGCAUAGAGAUAUCAGAAAAACAAAGAUUAACACCAGAUACACAGCAAACACAGUAAAGGCCGAUGAAACAUGAUUUCAAAGUGGUACAAUAAAAGAUAAGGACAUGAUUAAAUACAACAAAAGCCUAAUAAAAAUGAAUAAAUACUAAAAUAAAUACCUCUAUAAACUAUGCAGCAGUGCCAAGUCAGACUCCAGCAUAUACGAUUAAAAAAAUCUCACUGCUGCUCAAACAAAAGACUUUCUCAGUCGUUCAGUGAAGCACCGAGGCAUCACCAGUCGCUCACUAAAAGAGCUUUCAAGACCUUUAAAGACAUAAUGCAAUGGAUGAUCUUUGUAGCCCGGGAUUAAUUUUGAUUUAGACCUGGUCCACCUCUCAACAAGGGCCUCAAGAGACUCUGGGACUAAGCCAAUAACUGAUCAUCAUCAGGCACGAUACCCCCCAGACCCCGUAAAGGCUUCAGCAUAGAUUGACACUGAAUGGCUCACUGUCCAGUGGGAGAGAGCUAAAAUCUUAGAAUCAAACCUCCAACCUUUUUGCUGUCAGCAUGUAGUGCUAACCACCUGACUGUCUUCCUAUGUGCGACUUCUUACAACUUAAUUAUUUACUUUUUCAGCUUAUUCGGUUAGUUUUAAAAUCAUGGUCCAGUAAGAACAACCUAACUUACUACAGAGAGUUUAAACCCUAAACCUCAUUACAGAGCAGCAGCAGCACUUCAAAUUCUCCAAACAUGCAGCAUGCCAGUGCAUACAUUUUAUUCUGAAUAUACUUUCCAGUAAAAUGGUUAAUGGACUGUUUACAUAACACUUGCUCUGGUCUUCUGAUCACUCUUGUAAGUGCUUUUACAUUUUCACAUUUAUCUUUAAUUCCCAUCUAAACACCCAUGCCCUUGGUGAAGCUUUUUUAGAGGUGCUUAAUGCAGUUGCCAUUGUAGGCAGAUCGUGCCGACAAAUAGCACAAAGCAGGUUCCUCAUAUGUUAUAUCCUGUGCUGUCAAUGUCAUAUUGAUUCAAGAAUAAUUCCCUCUAUUUCAGCUCCAUAUCCUUUACUUUUCUACUCUUCUUGCUCUUAGUUAUGAAGUAUAAGCGAGUGGAGGAGGAAGGCACUUUGAGGGGUAAACUCCACAAGUUCAACAUCCACUCCAUCCGGAAAAAAGGGGACAGGUUCGCUGGCUACCUCAAGAUCCUCACAGGAGUGGAGUCACAGGUAAAUCAGUAACAACAUUGAAUAAAGAGACAAAAAAAUAGAAGUUGUUGUCGAAAAGAAGGACCACAAAUAUUGUUUUCAUGCUCCUGUACAUGACAGAUACAGUGACCCAAAAGUGCAGUGCUGCUGCUGUAAUUCAGAUUUUUGUGGCUAAAAAAUUCAGGCAAAUACUUGACUGUAAUUUCUGCAAAAUAUCCAAACUCUUCCUUCUGUAGGUGAGAGACGAAGUGUUUGACAGAGAAGAAAAGCUCUUCAGGAGUCUGGAGAAAGCAGUGAGGCAGCUGGUCAAAAACGUUCAAUGUUACCUACAGCACAUUCAGGUACUUAUGAUUAUUAGUUUUUAUCAUUGUCUUACUUAAAUGUGUAGGUAUUGUCAAUGUUUGAAAUAUUUUAUGACACUUUUUCUGGAUGCGUUCUGCAGGAGAUGGUGUCUGUAGCUGUCCAGAAUGUGAAGGACAUGGAGAGCAUUAUCAAAGAGCAUUGCAAAAAUGGCACAAAUGGCUUAUCACACAAUAAUGGGAACGACCCCUACAAGCACUUUGUAAGUAUGGCAAAGGCUUUUAUACUUCACACCGAGAAAUGUUAUGACUUGUCUAGCUUUCAUUGCUUCCUUUUUUCACUGUUCGUCUCUGUUUGUAUCCGUCCUUGCUUUGCUGUCCUGUUCUUACAUGACCUCACAUUCACCCUCCAUCCCUUUCCCUUACCUUUCUGUCUUCCGUCCAUUAAAUUAAUCCUCCUUUUCCGAUGCCUCUAACCACCCUGCUUGGUCCUUCAACAAUGCUGCCCUGUCCUACCCUCCUCUGCUGGGAUGCUCAGUUGCCAGCGCUCUGGGACAGCUUUGAAAGAAGAUUAAAUUGCCUCUUUCCCUGCAUCAAAUAUUUCACAAACUUUACAAAUUAAGUGAAACAAAUGCACAUGUAUUAAGGUAGAGACAUUAUUUGUAUAAAGAAGGGUUUGCUUUUGUCUGCGAUAAUCAAAACCUGACGGAGUAAGCAACAGAUGGACGCUUUCAGGAAACAGAACAUUUAACCAAUAAAAUAAAACCCUUUGUUCUUUAUAUAUUUGUGCUGCCAAUUACAUGCCUCACACUUUGAUACAAGAUAAUAGCAAAAAAUCUGUUAUGGUUGCCGAAGUCUGUUUUGUGGGCUCCACAAUAUCAUUAUUCUCAUUUGUUUGCAUGCAAAUGAAGCUGCAGCUCAGUUGCUUUGAUGCUUUUGAGGUUAAUGUGAAGGUGUACUUUUGCUGUUUUCCUUGCAUACUAAAAAUGAGAAAGAAAUUCAAGAGAAAAAACUGAAAUCAUCUUAUAAAAACAACAUGACUGUACACUAAUGUGGCCUAAUACUAAAUCUCUCUCUUCAUCUCCUGCCAUUACUGCUGUCCUCCUUUAGAAAGACAGCCUGGAGCGCCUGGUCCUCGCCCCUCUCCUCUCUCUGCAGGGCAUGUUCACAGCCCCACAGAAGCUCAUCCAGAAGCGUUAUGACAAAUUGCUGGAUUACUGCAGCCGUUUAGAGCGCUCAUCCUCUUUUUCAUCCUCGUCCUCGCCAUCCAUCUCUGCAUCCUCUCCUUCACUGGUGUCAGUAGACCCCCCCGGUCCAGCCAGGAGGGACUAUGAGGCCCUCAAUGCCUUGCUGGUAGAGGAGCUGCAGAGGUUCAACAUGGCCGCCUAUACUAUCCUGACCAACUGUGUGGUGUACUUUUUGGCACUGCUCAGACAGCUGAUGGAUAGAAUACUACUGGGUGCCCCGUCUGUGCAGCAGCUACCAGUGAGAAUCCAAGACAUCAAACACGAUGUUAGACACGAGCUAUUUUUAGUGUUUUUGAUAUUGAAACGAUUAAGUUCUAUUUUUACCUCUCCAGGCUCCUUUGUCGAACAUUGCUGAAGUGCAGAACAGCAUCAUGGAGGAGCUGAACAACCUGACUUUUGUCAAGGAUAAUGUGCAGAAGCUAAUGGAGCGGAAAGUCAGCUUUGAGCGACAACGAGACAAGAAAACAACGGUAAGAACUCAGAAAUAAUUGAACCCUUUAAUGCCUUUUGUAUCAUAUUUUAUACAUACUUUUAUGAUACUUCUUUCGAAUCAAUAUGAUCAACAAAUUACUAAAAAACAGCUGAAUACAAUCUGAUAAAUGAUGAAGUGUCCUCUUGUGGUUUACCAGUUUCCAAAAACAUCUAGUGUGUAUUUGUGUGUGUGUAUAUAUAUAUAUAUAUGUAUAUAUAUAUGCACACACACACACACACACACACACACACACACACACAUAUAUAUAUAUAUAUAUAUAUAUAUAUAUAUAUAUAAAUAUAUAUAUAUGCAUUUAUUUUUUUUUUUGGUUUUUAGUAGUAAGUGAAAUAAACAUUUCAGCUCCAAAAAAAAUUGCAUUUUCUGGCCAUAAUUUGUGGUUUCAGGCAUUAAAGGGCUAGAAUAUAGAGGUUACAUCUAACAGAAUUAGUAUAAGGUUUGUUACUAAUAAGGUUCACACAUAUAAGGGGUUUUCAUGCAUUUCAGUGAAUGUGGUAAUUGUAUGAGAAAUAGAAUACGCAGAAGUACACGAGUCCUUCUGCCAAAAAACUUGAAUAAAUUCAACAAAAUGAUCCUGCAAAGCUACCUGUGUGGGUGUACACACAUAUACAUACACACCUCCAUAUGUAGUGUGCUCGUGCUUAGACAAAUAAAUGGAUCCAUUAAAGCUCACACUCCUCUGGGAUAUCUUUGUACAAAAAUGCCCGCUGUCCUGUGCAAACAAUACCACCAACACACUUUACGCUGUGCCUUCUUCCAGGUGCCAGAGGUGCAGCAUCAAACUGAGGAGCAGCGUGCUCAGCUGCUGGCUGAAUACCCACUGAACCGUCUCUACCAGCUGAAGAGGAAGUGUAAUGGCUGCCAGGAGCAGGACCUCAGCUUGCUUGAGGGAGAACUGGUGGCCCUGCUGGAGGACUCAGACCCACUGGGCAGCAGCAGCCGCUGGCUGGUUCACACUGGAGGCAAGUGUGUGUGUGUGUGUGUGUGCAGGAAUUAUUCAGUUAGUGAAACGCAGAAAGUGGAUGAAGUUAUCACAUGAGCUCAUCUGCAGGUAAAGUUCUCCUUUCAAGCAGAAUUCUGCUAUGAAUACGCCUGAACCUAUUUGACGUCUCAGACUAUGUUGAUGCGCAGACUUUACUUUCUGACACUGACAAGUCAGCACACAAAAUCAGUCCCAGGAGCUCCUGUGAUGUCAUGGUUGCUGGUUCCUCUUCGCCUGCCUCUUGAGAUGGUUGCCUCACAACAGGGCCAACAUAGCUUGUCUCCAUCUCUCCUCCACGUCUUGAAGAGGCACCUGAGAUCUCCAUGUCUUGUUAGGAACAAACCGCUGUGCGCUGUAAGCAGUGUUACUUAGAGUACAAAGCUUCUCCCAGUGGGUAUUGGGAAACAAGGACGUAGAGACGCGGCAUGCUCGCACGCCUCUCUGUAUUCAGCAACAACAGAUUCUGUUUUUAUGAGCUCUAGAAAAAAAAAGAGUGUGUAAGUUUCUCAGUGCGAUGAACAUUCUUCACAGACUUGUCUUUUCCUUUGGGAUAACAAGCAUUCCCAGGAAAUUGUUGUUCAUUCUGCAGUUGAUAUCAACAGCAUGAAUAUGCUUGGCUCAUAUUUACACAUUCCUCAACUCGCUAUCUUGGUUUCAGUGUGUGAAAAGAAAUGUUCUAGCUCAUAGUUACAGCUCUACAGUGCAAGGCAUCCUACAUGUAACCAAUACACCUCCAUACACACACAGAAACAAUACUUUUUAGCUGGUGUGAAACUGCUUUUUUAAUCCGUAAGAGAAAUAUUAAUCAAACUAUACAAUUAAAGGGACAGCUUACUCAAAUGACUCUAAUCAUCUCCAGUUUUAUCUCUGCCAAAAUAGUUUAUGGUAGCUGUGUUGACUUUUGCUGUGCUGUUGAAGUGUUUUGAGGAGCACUACAGGGGUGUGUCCACAGAGUUGGACAGGGGUGGCAUAUGCUAUGUUCCAGUUGCACUCUGAGGUCAGAUUUUCCGAGCUCAGAGUCAGAAAUUUAUCUGGAAUGCCCCCCUGAAGUCAGGUUUCUGACUCAGAAAGUCGGAUGAUCCUCGCCAACCCCAACUUGAUGACAAUGUCAUUAUCCAACUUUACAACUAACAACAGCUGACAACAACUAAUGACAGCUGACAAUUGUAAACAAUAGCUAACAACGACUAAUUGUAGGCGUCCAUCUUGGCUUUCCGACUUAUUAUCUGGAACGCCGUCAACUCUGGUGGAGCGUCAUUCCCAGCUCCGACAUCUGACUUCCGAGGUAACUGGAAUGCAGCAAAAGGCCCGUUUUGAAAACCGAUUUGCCGCUCAGGAUUCUAAACUUUCCUGGCCAUUUGUCUGGCCGAAGGUUUGUUUGUUGAACUCAACUAUAUGGACUGUGCUACAACAGGCUUGUUUCUUCUCAUACUUGAAGUUAUGGAAAAAUAAUUCUCUCACCUAUUUUAGAAGACAGGUGCCCCUGACAAAAGAAGUUUGGAUACACCCCUAGGCCACAAACCCGAUUACAUUUGACACCUACUGUACUGUGAUGAGGGCAUUAUGCAUGUCUCAGAUCAUCAUGAAGUAAUCCUCACAGCUUAACAUGCAAACAAAAAUGUAAAACUUGUCCAAAACGAGUCCAUUUCAGCAGAACCAAUCCUUGCAAGUUCACUCAGAAUCUGACAUUCUUACAAACUGUCCCUCUGUCAUUUUUAGGUGCACAGGGCUAUGUCUACUCCACAUUCCUGAAGCAGUACAACCCUCUGAGGGACUCCAUGCGGGCAGGCCAGAUGGUCAGAGAGCAGCAGCAGCAGCAGCCACAGCCCCAGCCUGUCAUGGUAGACGAGGACUUUGACGACAUUAGCCUGUUUGUGUCAGGCAGUGGCAGCAGCAGCCUUCGCAGCUUCAACCUCAACACCACCGACAGCAGCUCAACCCACUCAGGCUUACAGGGGGAGCCAGAGAGCCCAGAGGAACUGGAAGAGUCAGUGGACGGGGAUGUUGAGCAGGUGUGUACGUUGUAGACUGUUUGUCCUCUUCAUGCACUAUUAAGAUGACUAAAUUUACACAGCACUGUUAGGGUUAGGUGGAAGGUAGAAACAGAUGGAAGUCAAGCCCAUUUUGGUGUAAAGCUCUGGAACAGUUGAGUUCAAAAAGACUUGACUUGAACAAAUGCCAAAAUGUGCAUUAAUGAGCAACUUCAAAGUAAUCAGGAAAGGAGGACAGAAAGAGAGAAGCAUGCAGAUAAAGACUUUAAAACAACAUAAUGACUCCUGCUGCCAUUGAACUGAUAAAACUAAGGUGUGGAGACAUUCAGACCUGAUGAGCAGAAGUUUCCCUUCAGUGUUUUUCAAUGGCUUGGUUGGGAAUUCAGUUUGGUCCAUAAUAUUACAAAGAAAAGGUAAUACAAGACUCACAGGCUUUUUGUCAUGUCUCAUCUGCUGUAAUCAAACAGUUUGACUCUGAUCUUCAUCAAAACACAAAAUCUAAAAUCCCAGAUCGAUAGAACCAAUGAAAAUCAAGAAUGUCACUCAUGUGUUUCAUAUUUGGUAAGCUAAUAAACAUUGCCACCUACUGGAUUCAUGGAAGGAUACAUGAUGACAUAUGAUGUUGGUGCAAGUUGAGAAAACAUCCUCACACAAAACAAAGACAUUAAACUACACCUGCCUAAUCUUCCAGGAUUGUUUUGCCUUUGAUUAAAUCUCAUUUGUGUCUCUUUCCACAGUAUUAUGCUGUUUAUGCAUUUCAAGCACGCUGUGACCAGGAGCUGACCUUACAAGAGUACCAGCAUGUCCGCAUUCUCCAGUUCUCUGAUCUGGGAGGCAAUAAGGACUGGUGGUUAGCUGAGGCUAAUGGACAGAAGGGAUAUGUCCCGGCCAACUACCUGGGCAGGAUGUCCUAUGCAUAAAUAUUCAUCAGUAGGGUAUCAAGAAAAACCAAACCAAGCACACUCACAAAAUACCCCGUGACAUAUCAAGCAUACCUGCUAACUCGGUAAUUGAAGUGAUCCUGACUGCAUCAUAUCACAUUUCUGCUUGGUCAAACUUGCACUAUUGAGUCUCUCGAUGUUCUCUGUUUUCUUAAACCAAAAGUGUUGAACCCACUUUGUCUUCAAACAUUAAGGCUCACCAAUGAGAUACAAUAAUCUGUGAUCAAUGGUAAUAAUUGUACGAAAAUACAGGGCACUGUGUUGCGCACUUUUGUACUUCAGUGUUGUUCAUAUUGAUAAUGAAGUGAUGUAUUCAUACAGCUAAUUUUAUUUGUGAAGUAAUUUACAGAAGAUGCAAAAUGUUUUAUGUGAAAUGGUAAAAAUAUGAAGUAUAAAUGUUUUGUGUGAAUGUAAAAUAAAGAAAUCUAUGUCAUCAUUUGUAUUCUACUGAUGUUAAUAAUAAACCUAAUCCAAAAACUA